CUGGGAUCUGAAGCUAACGACACCAACAGUGUCGCUCACUUUGUGUACGAUAGUGCGCUUCGCGGAAUUGUUAUGUGUUCGAAACGAGUGGCAACAUUUACCUCAUGAAGUCACAGAAGCACAGAGAGAAGUUGUGACGAUGAUGAUGAUGAUGAUGAUGGUGGUCAGCCAUCUUGACAGUGGCGGCUCAGCGGAAAGCUCCGACCUGAUCACGUGAUUGACGGAGACAGCCGAAGAGCAGUUUGUUUUGGCGAGUGAAAUGUAUUCAGUACACAUCGGUGAAACAUCACAAUAUUAACGAAUACAACACAGUAAUAUAUUAUCAGAUAAUUAAUAUAAAUCCAACAGUAUUCAUUACAUUUUGACUACGUCAUCCUUUUAUUGCUGGCUGUAGAGGACCGCAGAGACAACACACGGCGCACCAUUGAGUAAAAAUGGUUAGCAUUAAUGUAAUACAAGAUAUAGAAUUCACGAAUCCCCUGGUUAGUAACGUUGUCUCUGUCGUCUUUUCCUCCUCCGGUGAAGUACGGAAGUGGGUUGAGCAAAAUGGCGGCCACCGCGACGGAGAAAUCAACAAAAGAGCGUCUCUUGUGCGUUUUGGACGAUUUGGAGGUUUUAUCACGAUCCUGGAGCUGCUAGUGCAGCGUGACCGUGAGUUCCAGGAGCUGAUGGAGGUGGCCCAGCAGCAGGGCAAGGUGCACCAGGAGAUGCAGCUCCUGGAGAAGGAGGUGGAGAAGCGGGACAGUGACAUCCAGCAGCUCCAGAAGCAGUUGAAGGAGGCCGAACACAUUCUGGCGACAGCAGUUUACCAGGCCAAAGAGAAGCUCAAGUCCAUUGAGCGAGCCAGGAAAGGAAGCAUCUCCUCGGAGGAGAUCAUCAAGUACGCUCACAGAAUCAGCGCCAGUAACGCCGUGUGCGCCCCACUCAACUGGGUCCCAGGUGACCCACGGCGACCUUACCCCACUGACCUGGAGAUGCGCAGCGGGAUGUUGGGUCAUAUGGCCAACUUGCCUACCAACGGUGUGAAUGGACAUCUGCCUGGUGAUGCGCUCGCUGCUGGGAGGUUGCCAGACGUCCUGACGCCCCACUACCCCUGGCCGUCGUCUGACCUUUCUGUUGGCAUGCUGCCUCCACACCAUGGCAACGACUUCGGCGUGGAACCUCCAGGACACAACAAGGAGAACGAGGACGAUGUGGAGGCCAUGUCAACGGACUCUUCUAGUAGCAGCAGUGACUCAGACUGAAAGACCCUUCUGUGUGUGUGUGUGUGUGUGUAUACAUGUAAGCUUGUAAAUAAAACGUUUUUGAGUAUUUUUUUUUGUUUGGCCUGCGCUCCAGA